GGAGCUAGGAGCUGGCAGCUGGAGGGAAAGGGAGCGACCUCCACGGCCUCUGGUCCUGUCGUUGCCCGGUGUAUCAUCCCAAGGCCUCGACAGGCUCACCGGAAUGAGUCAGUACGGUUCCCACAACACACUCAACAUGAGCCGAAGAGGCGACCCGACCACUGGGGGGUCAUUCCGAUACUCCCGCAGUGAAUUUGUGCACGGAGGUGGUAAUGGAUACAACAACAUGGACGGCUACAACUCUUUGUCCAAGUCUUCAGUUGGAGGAAUGCCUUUAGACACCGUAGGAGGAAUGGCAGGUGCCAUGAGAGGCGGCAUGAGUGGCAUCAAUGAUAUCCAUCAAAGAGCCGUGUCUCUUCAAGCCCAGUGUCAGGAGGACCUCAGAAGGGCUGAAUUUGCCCUGCAAUCUGGCGGUUCUGCAGCUGAUGCAGAGCGCUACAUGUUGAGGGCCAAAGACACCAUUGAUCAACUGAAGAACUAUGCGGUGGACCUCAGACAAAUAGGACAGCCAUUUGACAAUGUUGUCAAAACUUGGGAGAUUUGUAACGAUCAGCUGAAGGGGGUCCACUUGGCCAUGACGGGCUCCUUGCAGAGGAGGAGGAGCGCUCGAGGAAGCUCUAGUUCCUGGGAAGAGCCGGGUCGGAGCUUUCAUGAUGCAGUGGCCUGGAUUACACAGCAAAAGAAUCUGAUUGGCACUGCCUCCUGGGGAGAGGAUCCUGCGGGGAUAGAGAAACAUCUCAUCAGUCACCAGAGGUUUCACAACUCCAUCCAGAACAGCCCUGAAGUGGAACGAGCCAGGAGUGACCUGGUUAAGAAAGGAGACAAGGGAAACCUUCAUGCUUUGGACCAGGAGUGGGACAGUCUACAGCAAAUGUCAUUUGGUCGACUGCAGCAGCUGGGAGACCUCCAGCAGAUCAUUCAGGAAAUGUCAAAGGAAAUCAUGUGGGUCAACGACAAAGAGGAAGAGGAGCUCAUAUUUGAUUGGGGGGACAAGAACCUUGACCAGUACAUCCCUCGAAAGCAAGAGAGCUAUUCAAAAUUGAUGAGUGCCCUGGAGGAUAAAGAGAAGGACUUGAAUAAACUGAAGGUCAGAGUGGAUGCGCUGCUGAAGAACAACCACCCAGCUUCAGACAAGAUAGAGGCCUACAGGGACACACUGCAGACUCAGUGGAGUUGGCUCCUUCAAAUUACCAAGUGCAUUGAUGUGCAUCUGAAGGAGAAUGCAGCAUACAACCAGUUCUUUAAGGAGGCCAAUGAGACAUACAGAUCCCUCCAGAAAGAAAAGGAAACCAUUUGUAAGAAGUUCAUCCGUGACAAAAACACUCCACUGGACAACCUGCUGGAGCUGCUCAAGGAAUUGGAGAGGGAAAGAGAGACAAUAAUGGAUCACAAGAGGCAAGUUCAACAUAUUGUUAACAAAGCCAAGAGCAUCAUCAGACUCAAGCCCAGAAACCCAGAAGAGAAGAGCAGCACCCCCGUUAUUGUCAAAGCCCUGUGUGAUUUCAAACAAGAUCAGAAGGUGAUCUGUAAGGGUGAUGAAGCAAUCUUAAAGGGCAACAGUCAGCGUAGCAAGUGGGAGGUUACAGGGCCAGGGGGACUAGAUAUGAUGGUACCUUCUGUGUGCUUGAUAAUCCCUCCUCCCAAUCCACUCAGCAUCAAUUUGGCCACCAAAAAUGAACAGUAUUAUGAGUCUAUCCUGUCCAUCUGGAAUCAGUUGUACAUCAACAUUAAGAGUCUCAUUGCCUGGCAGUACUGUCUUGUGGAUAUCAAACACAUAAACUCCCUCACCAUCUCCAUGCUGGCAAGGAUGCGUCCUGAGGAGUACCGCGAUCUUCUCAAAAGUCUUGAGACUCAUUACGAAGAGUUCAAACUCAGUUGCCAAGGCUCACAGAUUUUUGCUGAUGAUGACAAGAGGAGCCUUGAAAGCCAAUUCAAUGGAGCACAGGCCCACUAUGAAACUCUAGUAGUGCAGUUACCUGCUUAUGUUGAGCAGCAGCACCAACAACAAGUAUUUAUCAUGCAAGUUCCUGUCGAAGAGGAUACCAGAAACCUCGAAGAAGAGCGACAGAGAGCAGAACUGAAAAAAGUGAAGAAAGAGGUCAUGAAAGUGACAAAGACGGAGCCGGUGAAGAAGAAGGUUGUCUCUUCUUCUCACAGUUUAACAGAGCUGCACACACUCAGAUUGAAGCUGGAGGAAGCUGAGGGCUUGCUAAGUCAAUACCUUCAUAUCUGCUAUGGAGACAAUGAGGCCAAGGACUGUAGCCUCAAAAUCACCCAGUUAGAGAACAUACAGCAUGAUGUCAACCUGAUACAAGAAGAGUACUUAAAGCUGAAGAAGCGCAUCAUGAAGGAGAUGGAGAGCAUGAGUGAUAAAGAUAAAGCGUGGUUCCUGCAGAGCGAACUUGGAGUCAUCAAUCAACGUCUCAGCAUUCUAGAGAGUAGCUCAUCAGCUUACCUUAAGCGGCUGCAGGCUCUCAGGGACAUGCUGCAAAGUAUGGCACGAGCUGAAGAUAUAAUAAAAGUUCAUGAGGCAAGACUGACGGAGAAUGAGACCACGUCUUUGUUGCCAAGAGAUGUUAACGACUAUAUGAGAACACUUAAGGGCAUUAAGGAAGAGUUGGAUCAGAGGAGUGAUAUUCUGGGCGCUAUGGAGACAGAACUAGCCAAGGCAAAUCAGUGGAAUGAUGAGGUGGGUGGGCCCUUCCACAGGUGUGACAUGAUGCUGUCCAAAUACACUGAGCAGGUGGGCCUCCUGUCAGAUCGCUGGAAACGAAUACAGACACAGAUAGAUACCAGACUCCAGGAUUUGCAGAGGUAUUUGCCUCAGCUGGAGCACUACAAGAAUACCAGUUCCUCCCUUAUUGACUGGAUUGACGACACUCGCAAAAAGCAAGACAUCCUACGAGCCACCAAAAUACAGAAUGUUCAAGUUCUGAAGGACCACAUGAACGAUGAGAAGGCUCUGAAUGCAGAAAUUAAAGCCAAAAGGGACACAGUAGAAGGUGUACUGAAAGACAAUGAUGCCUGUGUGAACUCCAUCAAGGAAUAUGAAACGGAUCUAGCAUGUUAUGCAUCUGGUUUAGAGACUUUGCUUAACAUCCCCAUGAAGAAGACAAUGAUAAGGUCACCAUCAGUGGAUCUUAUUCAGGAGGCUACUCAACUGCAGACACGUUACUUGGAGUUGCUUGCUUUGUCUGAUGGCUACUUGAAAUUCCUAGGAGAGCUCCUCAAAAACAUGGAAGAGCUUAAGAUUCAUAGCACACGGAUUGACUUGUUAGAGGAAGAACUUUGCAGGUUGAGGGAGGACAUCCAAGACCGCAAUGCCAAGAACAAAUCUCUUGAAGACGCUGUUGCCUGCUAUCAGCUUGAACUCUCCCAGUCAAAGGAAAAGCUGUUGUCAUUGGAGGAGAUAAAGCGAACCACUGCCCUGCAGUGCGAUGCCACAAAAGACAGCCUAGACACUACUCAGAAUGAGCUGGCAGAUCUAAGUGAUCAGGUGACACAUCUCAACUUCUUGCUGGAAGAAGAAAAGAGGAAGAGGAAAUUAGCAGAGGAGCGUUACACACAACAACAAGAUGAGUAUGAGUCUGUACUUAGGAAGAGGCAUACAGAGCUAGAGAGUGUCAGCUGGUCCAAAGUGGAAGUCGAGAAGAGUAUGGCAAAUAAAGACCAUGAGCUUGAACAGCUGCGACGGAAACUAGCAGAGGAAACAUCAAAGGUGGCAGAGCUUCAAAAGGAUAUUUCAAAGACGUCAACCACAAUACAACUGCUCCGGUCCCAGUACAGUGAGAUUGGGAAAGAGAGAGAUACUCUGUUACUCCAGCUGUCAGAGACUGACAAAGAUCACCCCCAAAGGAUAGAGGAGGAACUCAGACGCAUUAAGAUGUCUCUUGAGUUAGAGCUUCAAAAUAAGCAGCACCUACAAGAGGAGAAUGAAAGAGUAAAACAGGAUUUAAGUUACUGGAAGGAACAAUACGAAAGUAAGCAGGGCCUUAUAAGGCAAUAUGAUGCAGACAAGGAAUGUUGGGAGAAAGAAAAGAAUGCUUUGAAAAGCGAGAUAGAGCGGCUGAUGAGGGAACUUAGGGACCUCGAGGAAAUGUAUAAAAGGAAGCUGUCAAUCCUGCAGAAAGAACUCACAGAGGUGACGGUUGUGAGACAAACCAUGCAAGAGGAGCUAAAGAGAGCCAGAGAACCACCGACAUUGGAUCCCGCCACUGUGGUUUUUGAUUCUGUCCGUAAAUCAAUCACAGCAGCACAACUGCUUGAUUGCGGUGUUUUGGAUCAACCAACCUUUAACCAGCUUAUUAGAGGACAAAAGACUGUUCACGAGGUGUCUGUUGAUAAAAAGGUUAUUCUGAAAGGAACAGGCUCAAUAGCAGGAGUGAUUAUUGAAAACCCAGAAGAUGACCCAUCUAUUACUGGUUUCCCCUAUAAAAUAACUCUAACUGAAGCAAAGAAAGAGCGCCUUCUACCACCAGAUGCUGUUGACUUGCUACUGGAUGCGCAGGCGGCGACAGGCCACAUCAUUGAUCCCAGAACUAAUCAGAAGUUGACAGUUGAAGAGGCAUGUCAUCAAGGCGUAGUUGAUGAAGAGGAUCGACAGAGGUUGACAAGAGCAGAAGCAGCAGUUAUAGGAUUCAGAGUACAUGCCACAGACAAACCCCUCUCGGUAUUUCAGGCCAUGAAGAAGGGACUGGUUGACAAGACAACAACGCUCCGUCUCCUGCAAGCUCAAGAGUCCGUGGGUGGCAUACUAGAUCCCACACUCAGUGUGUUCCUUCCCAAAGAUAAGGCUAUUGAGCAGGAACUGAUUGACAAUGACACAAACUACAUUCUGAAUCAAAGGCCUGAGCUUUUCUUGGACCCAGACAGCGAGACUGCUGUAACUUAUUUUGCAAUGAAAAGAAAAUGUAAGGUAGAUCCACAAACAGGCCUUCUUCUUCUUCCUGUACUUAAGAAACUGGACACCUCUAAACUCAUCUUUGAUGGUGUACGAAAACCUGUGACUGCCAUGCAGUUGCUGGAUUGUGGUAUUUUAGACAAGCCAACAUUUAAAGACCUGGAAAAGGGGAAGAAAACUGUCCAAGAGGUGUCCAUAGGCAAACAUGUUAAUCUUAAGGGAACUGGUCCCAUUGCUGGGAUUAUAGCUGGAGCUAAAGGCAAAAUGUCUUUGUCAGAGGCCAAAAAACAGAAUCUCCUUUCUCAAGAUUGUGCUGAUUUGCUUCUAGAGGCCCAAGCUGCCACUGGUCAUGUCAUUGACCCCAUAACCAAUAAAAAGCUAACAGUAGAGGAGGCAGUUGCCGCCGGAGUGGUAGACACAAGGGAUCGAGACAGACUCUUAGCAGCACAGGCUGCAGCUGUUGGCUACAAGGAUUCCAGUGCUGGCAAUCCUCUUUCAGUGUAUGAAGCCAUGAAAAAGGGACUGAUCAACAAGAACAUUGGAAUACGCCUGUUGCAGGCCCAAGAGUGUGCUGGAGGAAUACUAGAUCCCAAUCUCAGUGUGUUCCUUCCCAAAGACACAGCUAUUAGUCGUAACAUUUUAGAUGUAAAUGUCCGGAAUGCUCUGGAACAGAAUCCCAAGUGUUAUCUUGACACAGAUACUGAGCAGGAUGUCAGUUAUGGAGAUUUGAAGAAAAGGUGCAAGACAGAGGCUCACACGGGUUUGCUACUGUUGCCGAUCAUUGAGCGGAAAGACCCAUCCAAACUGAUUUUUGCUGGUGUCCGUAAAUCAGUCACAGCACAAGACUUAUAUGAUUCUGGGAUUUUGGACAAGCAUUUGUUUACCAAAUUAACCAAAGGAGAGAAAACUGUUUCCCAAAUUUCAGAUGAAAAGCAAGCAUUUCUAAAAGGAUUAGGAUCUAUUGCUGGUAUAGCAGUUGGAUCUUCAGGUAUAGUGUCUUUAUCAGAGGCCAAGAGACAGUUGCUGAUUCCCCCAGAUAGUGCAGAUGUACUGCUUGAUGCCCAGGCAGCAACCGGCCAUAUUAUUGACCCGAUAUCCAAUCAGAUGUAUACAGUAGAAGAGGCAUGUGCCAGAGGAGUGGUGGACAUAAGAGACAGAGACCGACUUCUCGCAGCAGAAUCUGCCGCUGUGGGCUACCGAGACCCUCGCACAUCAAACCUUCUUUCAGUCUUUGAAGCCAUGAACAACGGACUAAUUGACAGGAAAACCGGGUUACGCCUGUUGCAGGCCCAGGAGUCUGCAGGAGGGAUUUUAGAUCCCAAUCUCAGUGUGUUCUUCCCCAAAGACAUAGCUAUGAAACGCAACCUUUUGGAUGAAGACCUAUGUAAGGCGCUAAAUCAGAGAACAGCAUGCUACCUUGACCCAGAUACUGAGUGUGAAGUCAGUUAUGAGGCUUUAAAGAAAAAAUGCAAGACACUGUUCAAUACUGGUUUGAUCAUUUUGCCAGUUGUUGAGAGAAAAGACCCUUCGAAAUUGAUGUUUGAUGGUGUUCGCAAGCCCGUCUCAGCCAAGCAGUUGUUUGAGUGUGGAGUCCUUGAUAAGUCUACAUUUGACCAGUUAGUGAAAGGGGAGAAGACAGUCUCUGAGGUGUCUGCUGAAAAGGUUGUCCAUCUAAAAGGAACUGGACCCAUUGCUGGUGUAGCUGGCCAUCAAGGAAACAUGUCUUUGUUAGAGGCCAAAAACAAAUGUCUCCUGUCCCCAGAGACGGCAGAUUUGUUACUGGAAGCCCAGGCUGCCACUGGGCAUAUAAUUGACCCCAGCACUCGUGAAAAAUUGACAGUCGAAGAGGCCUGUGCUAGAGGAGUAGUGGAUAUAAAGUACAGAGACAAACUAUUGACUGCAGAGGCUGCUGCUGUGGGUUAUAAGGAUCCAAGUAUGGCCAAACCGUUGUCUGUGUAUGAGGCCAUGAAAAAGGGACUAAUUGACAGGCAAACUGGUUUACGCUUCCUGCAGGCCCAACAGUGUGUGGGCGGCAUACUUGACCCGAAUCUCAGUGUAUUCUUGCCCAUAAACACGGCAAUCAAGCGCAACCUGAUAGAUGAAGACCUCUGUCAUGCUCUAAAUCAGUGUCCUGCGUACUACCUUAAUCCAGAACCUGAGCUUGAUGUCAGUUAUGGGGCUUUAAAACAACGGUGCAAAACAGAGUCUCACACCGGUCUUCAAAUUUUGCCAAUUUCAGAAAAAAUUGACCCCACAAAAUUGAUUUUUGAUGGUGUACGAAAGACUGUGACAGCACAACAGUUGUUUGACUGCGGAAUUUUGGACAAGCCAACAUUAAACCAUCUAAUCAUGGGUGAGAAAACUAUUCCUCAGGUGUCUGCGGAGAAAGAGGCUUUACUUAAAGGGACUGGUUUAAUUGCCGGGGUUGCGGCUGGAUCAUUCAGAAAAAUGUCCUUAACACAGGCAAAGAAAGAAAAGAUUAUAUCUGCUGCAAGUGCCGACUUGCUGCUCGAGGCACAGGCAGCCACAGGGCAUAUCAUUGACCCUCAGACGAAUCAAAAAUUGACUGUAAAGGAAGCAUGUGCCAGAGGACUAGUCAAUAAGGAAGAUGAAUCAAAGCUGUUGGCCGCUGAAGCUGCUGCCAUAGGUUACAGAGACCCAGUUACUACUAAGCUCCUGUCAGCUGGUCAGGCCAUGAAAAAGGGACUGAUCGAUGGGGACACGGCUCUCCGUAUACUUCAAGUUCAAGAGUCUACAGGAGGUAUUUUGGAUCCAACUUUAAGCGUAUACCUACCCAGAGACAUUGCUAUGGAUCGGAAUCUGAUAGAUUCAGACAUGUACAAGGCCCUCAGUCAGUAUCCUAAAUGCUAUCUGGAUCCAGAGACCGAAGAGGCAAUUAGCUAUCAGUCUUUGAAGAAGAAAUGUACAGCAGACCUAAGUACAGGUCUUUUGCUUCUCCCAGAACCUCAAAAGCCUGCAACUGUCCAAGGGCUUAGAGACCAGGUGUCUGUGAUAGAUCUAGUGCACGCAAACCUUCUGGAACCAUCCGAUAUUGAAGAAUUAAAGGCAGGCCGAUUGACAAUUCAAGACAUUGAGUACCGCUUGCGCUCCUACUUGGGGGGGUCCACUUGCAUAGCAGGAGUAUUUGACGAAGCCAGUGAUAAAGUGAUGACAUUUUAUGAAGCCAUGAAAGAGGGACUGUUACAACCUGGGACCACUCUGCAGUUUCUUGAAUCCCAGGCUGCCUCUGGUUUUAUAGUUGAUCCGGUCAACAACACUCACCUGACUGUUAGUGAUGCUUACAACAAAGGUCUGUUUGGACCAGAGCUCAAAGACAACUUGCUGUCAGCAGAAAGAGCUGUAACUGGUUAUAAAAUACCUGGUACGGAUAAGGUUAUGUCCCUCUUCCAGGCAGUGGAGAUGGGUCUAGUUGAGAAAGAACAUGGCAUACGUAUGAUAGGGGCACAGAUUGCCAGUGGCGGUAUCAUUGAUCCUGAACACAGCCACCGGAUUGAUUUAAAUGUUGCUUACAUCAGAGGGUACUUGGAUGAAAAAACGAACAAGCGCCUGACUGAUCAAGGUAUUGUUUUCUUCGACCCAAAGACAGAAGAAAACUUAACCUAUCUUGAGCUUAAGAAACGCUGCAUUACCGAUGGGAAGACUGGUUUAAUUCUUUUGCCAAUUGCAGACAAGAAAAAACAAGAGGCAACAAUGAAAAAUACCCUGAGAAAGAGAAGAGUAGUUAUUGUGGACCCGGAAACUAAUAAAGAGAUGACUAUACGUGAAGCAUACAAUAAAGGAUAUAUUGACUAUGACACCUACGUGGAGCUGUCUCAGCAGGAGUGUGAGUGGGAAGAGAUCACUUACACUGCUCCAGAUGGUUCCAAACGGUUUGUUAUUGUUGACAGGAAGACAGGAAGAGAGUAUGACAUCAAUGAACUGCUUGAAAAAGGAGUCAUUGACCAGUCGGUCUUUGCUCAAUACCAAUCACGCAGCAUCACUUUAACACAGUUUGCAGAUAUCAUCACUGAAAAGACUGAGCAGAAUACAUUGCCUACAACAACUGCCUCAAUGCCAUCUUUAGUGUCCUCAUCCUCAACAGUAAUAUCAAGGUCUUCGGUUUCUCUCACAACGAUGAAGUCGACAAUACCUUCCACUAUUCAAGAGCAAAGCACAGCAACCGAUAGUGUUGCUCAAGACUCUGCUAACACCCUGAAGCAAACAUCUAGUGUUUCUAUCACCCUAACCUCCCCUGUUGAAAGUGUUGGUGAAAGGGAUCCUGUAGGUGCCAUAUUUGAUACAGAGACUUUAGAAAAAAUAUCUAUCACAGGCGCUAUAAAUUGCGGACUUGUGGAUACCAUUACUGGCCAGCGACUACUCGAGGCCCAGUCCUGUACUGGGGGAAUCAUAAAUCCAGCAAAUGGUCGUCGCCUCAGCAUCCAAGAGGCUUCCCGCCUAGGUAUAAUUACUGAUGACAUUGCUACUAAACUCAAGCCUGCCCAAAAAGCUUUUAUUGGCUUUGAAGAUGUAAAAACUGGCCGUAAAAUAUCUAUUGCUGAAGCCAUGAAGGAGAUGUGGCUACCUUAUGAGGCAGGCCAGAGGUUUAUGGAGUUCCAGUUUGUAACAGGAGGGCUUUAUGACCCAGAACUGGGCUGUAGAAGGACUAUCGCAGAUGCUUUGAAAAUGGGCUGGAUUAACGGUAGCACUGCUAUGAAGCUCCAAGACAUCAGACACCACACAAAGAAUUUAACAUGCCCCAAAAGCAAACUGAAGAUCUCUUACAUGGAGGCGCUUGACAAUUGCUUGGUGGAGGAAAGCACUGGCGUGAGAAUGCUACAAGCAUCGUCUGUGUCCUCCAGAGGAAUAAGCAGUCCUUACAAUUUCGCCUCUGCCCCAGGAUCCAGCACAGGUUCUCGUAGUGGCUCACAACAAAGUUCCCGAAGAAGCAGUUUGGAUUUAGGCUUGCCCACCUCCCUAACGACCAGUCAUACCAGGCUCACCAGCCUCUCCACCAGAUCUGAGAAAAAAUAGAAUGACCCUACACCGGAUGUCAUUUUUCAUUGUCAGUGAAUCUGUCUAUUUUUAAUGUUCUCAAAGAAAUAUAGUAUGUAUCUGAAUGUAUUCUCUGCAAUGAAAGAAAUGACAGUUUGAUGUCUGAGAUUUGCAUGUGUUGGGUGUCUGAAGUAAACAUGUUAUCCGCCAUGUUGUAAUUUUGCAUACACUUAUUGUAGUUCCAUUAAAUUUCCCAAACAUAAUUUUAGAUUUAGACUUUGGUAACAUAAUGAUACUGUAUUUGCAUUUAUUAUAUUCUACUCUGUUUUAAUGUAACUCAGUUUGCUUGGUUUCUUGCAUUUUAUCAUUUUAAGUUCUGUAACACUUUCUAAAUAAUGGAACUCAAAAUAAAUGCUUUAACUUUUUGGUCUUCA